AUGCCCGGUGUCUUGCUUUCAAUAUUACUUCAAGACAUGGUUGCGACAUCUGCUGGCAAGCUGGAACCAAAAAAUAUACAUGUUAUAGGAUUCAGCUUGGGCGCACAAGCUGCAGGCUUUUGCGGUCGCCAUUUCUACAACGCCACAAAAGAGAAACUUGGACGCAUAACAGGUCUUGACCCGGCUGGGCCUUUGUUUACCACCUCGAACGCGGCCUUGUCGAAGGAUGACGCGACCUUUGUUGACGUCAUACACACCAAUGCAGGGAAUUUUAUGGAUCUGAAGCUUGGAAUUAAGGGGCCGAUAGGGCAUGUUGACUUCUACCCAAAUGGUGGCAGCAAACAACCAGGCUGUCUUGACGUUGGCUGCAGUCAUUCAAGAGCGCGAGAAUUAUUCCAGGCAUCGAUAAAUUCAAAGUGCCCUUUCGCAGCAUACCCAUGCGGGAGUGACUGGGUACGACUUGUUGGAUACCAAGAAGCAAGUGACUGGUGGUGCUAUCAAGAGAUGGGCUACAACAGUGUCAACAUGCAAGGGAGAGGGAACUUUUAUUUGAUGACAAAAGAUGUGCCACCUUACUGCGUUCAAUCACCAAGUGAUAUAUAUGGAUAUCCGGAAUUUAAUACGGGAAAGAAGCCUGAUACCCCUAAUGUGCCGCUUUGAGUUGGAAUGCCUCGAAUUCAUCUCUCAAGUCGCCUAAUUUAUGAAUACACUGUAGUCUACAUGUCAGUUGGUCAACGCGAUGAUGCAGCGGUCAAAUAUUAUUUCGCCGCGUCCUUUACAGCACGCGCGUGCGAUAAUCAUAUGAGUAAACUGUACGAGUUCUAUGAGACC